GGAAGAUGGAGAUCUCAAUUUUAGUAUUUGUCCGAUCUUCUUCGUGAGUUUUGAGAUAGGUGGUAUAUAUUUCUCACCUUGGAUAUAGUGUUCAUCUCCUCAUACACACAUGUUGAAGGAAAUUGUGUUGCUUUUCGUUCGAUAAAGUUGUUUUCGAGGUUUUAAUCAAAGUACAGACGCCAAAAUGAACCCUACCAUCCUGUUCACUUUGGCCCUCUCAUCCCUAGCAUCUGCACAAUUUCCCCUCCUGUCUCAAAGUCCCAUAAGAUUGACCGGAGCCCAAGGAAACGCCCAAUCAUUACCGAACAUCGCAGGAAGAUUCGAUUUCAACCCUUCCCGAAGGAAGGAACCUGGAAUAACCAACUUUGGACCUUUCCAGUCCGGAAACAUCCCCAACUUCACCUUGACCGCGACUAGAAUCGCAACCGGCGUCAAAAACAUCCCACAGACGUUAGAACAGGUCCUGGUGCAGGACUGGGGAAAUUUCAAGAGCGCCUUCAAAAAGGCCUACACAGCGGCGGAGGAGGCCCUACGCAAAGAGAUCUUCAUAGAGAACAGGCAAUCGGUCAUAGACUUCAACACCAGGUACUCCUCCGGUGAAGUGACCUACACUCAACAGUUGAAUCCAUUCGCCGACCUGCUGCCCCACGAGUUCAGCCAGAGGCUGAACGGUUUCAACAGGAGCUCCCUAACCAAAAGGGUGAAACUACCCUCUCCUACAGCCUUCGUACCCAGCGCCAACGUAAACAUCCCUGAGAGGAUGGACUGGAGGGACCAGAACGCUGUCACAGCUGUCAAAUUUCAAGGAGACUGCAUGAGCUGUUACGCUUUCGCAUCUGCUGGAGCACUAGAGUCGCACACUUUCCGAAAGACAGGCAAGCUGGUAGAUCUGAGCCCCCAGCAGAUCCUGGAUUGCUCGAAAGGUUACGGCAACGAGGGAUGCAAUGGGGGACUGAUGACGGAUGCCUACGAAUAUGUCAAAACGCAACCAGGUCUAGAUACCUGGGAUUCCUACCCCUACGAAGGUAAAGACGGCGAGUGCAGGUUCAAACAGGAGUCCGUUGAAGCAUAUUGCACAGGCUUUGUAGAGCUGCCAGAGGGGGACGAGAAAGCACUGGAAUACGCUGUAGCCACAAUAGGCCCAGUGACAGUGGCCAUAGACGCCAGCCAGAGAGGCUUUCAGUUUUAUAAAGAUGGGAUAUAUCUUGACCCCAACUGCAAGAACAAGCAGGAGGAAAUGAACCAUGGAGUGCUGGUGAUAGGUUACGGCACAGAACCUGAUGGAAAAAAAUACUGGUUGGUUAAGAACUCUUAUGGACCACAGUGGGGCAACGGUGGGUAUGUUAAGAUGGCUAAGGAUGCUGGUAACCACUGCGGCAUAGCAAAUUCUGCCUCCUAUCCUCUUGUAUGAAAUCGGUCAUGGAAAACAACAUGAAUUUCGAUGAAAUUUGUCCGAAGCUCCUCAUGUAAUAAAUGCUAACACUGCUUUUUGAUGUGGGAUAUUGUACGAUAAACAUUUUACAUAAGGUGACUAAAGUGCCAUCAGAAUGUAAAUUUCAGAAGUGGAAAAUAAACUUU